AUGAAUUAGGUUUCCACAUUUUGGAAUGAUUGUAAAAGUAAACUUCAUAGAUUGCUUGAAGUUAAAAAUUCUGUUAAUUUAGAUAAUAGGAUAGUCUUAAUAUACAAUAUUCUUUUAAAAGAACUUAAAUAAAAUCAUAAAGGAAAAUAUCAUUAAAUAGAGAAAUUAAUCUUUGCUCGAGAUUCUCAAUUAAAUAUAGGAUCAGUUUAAUGUGAAAUUUGUUUUUAAAAAGAAAAAUAGGUUGUUCCUUUCUUAUACUCUUUAGAUCUUAUUAAGAUUUUGGAAGAUGCUUACUACAUCUUAGAUCAAGCUUCUUCUUGUUUUUAAAAUAAUUAGUAAUUUUUAGAAGAAUAACCAUAUCAUUAAACGAGGAUAAUUUACAUAAUAAAAGAAACUCUAGAUGAUAUAUCUAAGAAUAAGGAAAUUAUUUGGAAGAUUAACAAAUUAAUUCUAGAAUUAGAAUCUUAUCUCAAAUUCACUAAUGAUGACAUAUUUGAUAAUGUUGGAAAGAUUCACUCUUCAAAUAUAAGCAAAAGUUAGAUGAAUAAAUUUGUUUAAGAUAUUAAGAAAGAAUAAGAAUAAUUAAAUCCAUACAGAUCAUAUAUUAAGUUACUUCCAACAGUAAUAUUUAUAAAGAGAUUUCAUCCUUCAUCCGAUUAUAUAUAAUAUUAAACAGUUUCUUAAUAGUACCUUGCUAUUUUGAUGAACUAUUAAAUUUUAAUCUAUAAUAUUAAAAAUGGAGAGCUGUACANACUUCUUUGA